UCCUUCUCCCCAGCCGCAAGCCCUUGCCUUGCCAAGCGGUGAUCCUGAGUGGGGAUUUCAAGGGGAAGCGGGGCGAGCAGCUCACGCGGUCGGUCGCUGCUACCUGCUGGAUGGGCAGAGAAGGCGCUGGGGGCUGGCGGCCCGGAAAUCCCCUCCGGGAGGCGUGGCGGUGGCGGGUUUCGAUUGCUUUCCCCUCCCCUCUGAAGAGAGCUUUUCUGCUUUCUUGGUGGAAGAGGCUCCCUUCUUUUCUGCCGGCGCCGGUGUGGGCAUGAAAGGAUGGCACCCAAGGGCCUUGGACUUUGGAUAUUGUUUCUUUUGAUUCAGGAAGGUGUCUCUGCAGGUGGUGAAAAAGACUGUCCGCAUGCCAGAGCCAUACAAGGGGAAUAUGUUGAACUAAAAUGCUGUUAUCCUGAAAAAGACUUGUCAGAUUCAUUCCGAGUACAAUGGCAACUUCAAGGCAAAGAUGAUUGUGUAGUAGCUGCCUGUCUUCCUGAUUCAAUUGCUGAAUUCCAAUGCGAACGUUACAAGAAUAGGACUAAGUUCGAAAAUUAUUGCUUGCAUCUUGUGUUGCUAAAUGUCAGUUUGGAAGACAACAAAACAUAUGAGUGCAUAUUACAGAAAAAGAAGGAGGGUGCAUAUCAAAAGAUAUUUCAUGGACUGAUAAGAUUUGAAGUGGUGGAGAUGAACGAUACAGCAAAUGAAAGCCAAAAUGCUACUUAUUUGGAAUCACCCACACCCAACCAUGAUACACAUGACAACCAACAACAGAUAUACGUGAUGGUCAUGUCUCUUGCAGCUGCUGUUGUGUUUAUCACAAUCAUUAUAUGGAUCCUGACUAAAAGGAAGUGUUCUCUUCACAGAGCAUAUAAUGCUCCUGUUGGCAUGGGCAUGUCAUAGAAAGCUGCCAAGACACUGAGAGACACCGCAGUGCUACUUUUCAAAGACAGUGGCAGAUAUUUGUGAUUGUCUUUCGGCAGAAGAACACAGAUUGGAAUGAAACUGUGGUGUAUUCAAUCUGUCAAAUGUAUGUAUGUGAACUCCCUGAUUGAAUCACCUUGUGAAGCUUCGUCCUGGGCUGGGAUCCAAAUCCCUAAACUACAAUUGGUAGUCCAGGAAGAGCCGACCAAUCACCAACAUCCAGUUCCCUGAGAGGAAACACUUGUGAUUGGACCUUA